AAAUGGAUCAGAUUAUUUUAUUUAUCUUGAACAUUUUCGCAAAAUGUUACGUUAUCAAUAAACAUUGAUUAAAUAUCAAUGUUGCUACCUAAUCGCCUGUUCGUUUAACACGAUGCCCGUGAGUGAAUUGCCGAGUGACGCCUGUAGUCGCGCCUUACAAAGUAGUGGAAUCCUUUUGUGUUUACUAAAGUGAAUUUCUAUGUUAUUUUACUGUGAAAAUGGAUAGUUCCAGUGAGAAUAGCGAUAAAAAGAACGAUGGGCCCGGUAACAAGAAGGAGAUACCGUCUAAUCUUCAGAAAAUAUGUUUAGUUUGCGGUGAUAAGGCGCUAGGGUACAACUUUAACGCGAUAUCUUGUGAGAGUUGCAAAGCGUUUUUUCGACGCAAUGCAUUAGCUAGUAAGGAGUUCAAGUGUCCGUUCACGAACAACUGUGAGAUUACUGUGGUAACACGUAGGUUUUGUCAAAAAUGUCGGCUGGAAAAAUGUUUAGCGAUAGGGAUGGUGAAGGAGUUCAUAAUGUCAGAAGAGGACAAAGCAGAGAAGCGGAGAAAAAUAGAAGAAAACCGCGCGAAAAAACGUCAUCAUAAUUCCCCUGAAGACACUGUUUCUAGCUCCAAAAUAACGAAGCGGGAUGAUGAAAUUACUAACACGUACAUACCGCCACCUCAGGAACAAAUAGUUCAGUAUGAUGUUCUGAAUAGUACGACGUGUAGUCCGAGCAGUACGGUUCAGUCACCGUUGAGCAAUGACUUGGAGUCAUCGUUACAUUCUCCGCCGAUGUAUUACGCUCCUCCGAGUGUGCAGAGUAGCGACGUGUACCCUAUGAAGGUCAAUCCUAUUGAGGAGAAGACGAUCAUCAAUAGAUCAUUAUACGAGCACCGGUUGCAGCAAGAAUCGUACAAUAUGUAUGAUACAAUGGACAAUAGUAAUAGUUUAUAUGCUGAACUCCCAAAACAAAAUAGUAUAAGGUCAAUAUUAACCAACGGCGACACGAUGACGUACACUGAGCCGAAGCCGCAGCACGUUUGUGAGGAGAUACCGUCCACCAGCACCAACCCCGACGUCAAUAAGGCCCGGGACAUACUGCAGGAUGUUGAGAGAAUAGAACCCAACUCAAUGGAGUCGAUCCUAUGCGAAGCCAUCAAGCUGGAGUUCGAGGCCUAUACAUCUGUGAACCCUUGCGGCUCUUCGCGGGAACUGAAUGAGGUAGAGCGAGCGAAGCUGAAUGAACUGUUGGUCGCAAAUAAAGCGUUACACGCGCCUAUAGAAGACGAUAUCUCGCAGCUCAUUGGAGAUACGGCGAGCACAGCAGGGUUGAAGGAGGGCGACGGCAAACACGACCCUCGGCUGAUCACGAUCGUGAACCUGACGGCGGUGGCCAUCCGCCGCGUCAUCAAGCUGGCCAAGAAGAUCAACGCCUUCAAGAACAUGUGCGAGGAAGACCAGGUUGCUCUUCUGAAAGGCGGAUGCAUAGAAGUGAUGAUAUUAAUUAGUACAAUGACGUAUUACUACGACGGCCAAAGAAAUCAGUGGAAGAUCCCCCAAGUCCAAGACCAGUUCGGCUGCAUUCGCACAGACGUUCUGAAACUGGCCACCGGCAACAUCUACCGCUCGUACGAGUCGUUCAUUCGCUCGUUCGAUCCGCAGUGGCGCGCCGACGAGCACGUCACGCUAAUUAUGUCCGCCAUUGUAUUGUUCACGCCGGACCGACCCAAGAUUGUUCAUAGAGACGUGGUCAAGCUGGAACAGAAUUCCUACUACUACCUCUUACGGCGGUACCUCGAAAGCGUAUACCCGGGAUGCGAAGCGAAGUCUACCUUCCUGAAGCUGAUCCAAAAGAUACUAGAACUCCGCAAACUGGCCGAGGAGGUCACGGGAGUGUAUCUGGAUGUCAACCCCAUAGAACCCUUGCUGAUGGAGAUUUUCGACCUCAAACACCAUGCCGCAUGAGGUUGGAAUGAUUUUUGUAGUUGAGUAUUGUUUGAUGCCCCUGUAUGACGCCAUUUUGGAUUAACAGUGUUGCCAGGUUCAAAAAUGUAUUUAUAAAAAUAGAGUAGGGUAUCGCUUUAAUUAGAAUAAAUUUUGUUUAGGCAGUUUUAGAAGCAAGUAGAAUUAUUUGCAGUGAAUCAAUAAUAGAAUAUAAAUCCAAUGUCCAAUUAUUAUCCAAUAUCCAUAUGUGUUAAUUUUCAUGGUCACUGUUAUUAUUCAACAAUAGAUUUAUAACAAAA